GAGCCCGCCUUUCCCGACAAAUAAAGGUCGCAGUCGACGAGUCAACGGGCGGAGCUAAAUUUAUCGUGAUUCAUGCUGUCGCGGGGACGCCGAAAGUGGAGCCCCCUUUAGCAAGAAGAUGACCCGAAGUUGCUCGGCAGUUGGCUGCAGCACCCGGGACACCGUGCUGAGCCGGGAGCGCGGCCUCUCCUUCCACCAAUUUCCAACUGAUACCAUACAGCGCUCAAAAUGGAUCAGGGCUGUUAAUCGUGUGGACCCCAGAAGCAAAAAGAUUUGGAUCCCAGGACCAGGUGCUAUACUAUGUUCCAAACAUUUUCAAGAAAGUGACUUUGAGUCAUAUGGCAUACGAAGAAAGCUGAAAAAAGGAGCUGUGCCUUCUGUUUCUCUAUACAAGGUUCUUCAAGGUGUACACCUUAAAGGUAAAGCAAGACAGAAAAUCCUAAAACAGCCACUUCCUGAUAGUUCUCAAGAGGUUGCUACUGAGGACCACAAUUACAGUUUAAAGAGACCUUUGACAGUAGGUGCAGACAAACUGGCCGAGGUGCAGCAGAUGCUACAAGUGUCCAAAAAAAGACUUGGUUCUGCAAAAAACUACAGGAUGAUCAAGAAGAGAAAGGGCUUACGGUUAAUUGAUGCACUUGUAGAAGAAAAACUACUUUCUGAAGAAACAGAGUGUCUGCUACGAGCACAAUUUUCAGAUUUUAAGUGGGAGUUGUAUAACUGGAGAGAAACAGCUGAGUACUCCACAGAAAUGAAGCAAUUUGCAUGUACACUCUACUUGUGCAGUAGCAAAGUCUAUGAUUAUGUAAGAAAGAUUCUUAAGCUGCCUCAUUCUUCCAUCCUCAGAACAUGGUUAUCCAAAUGCAAACCCAGUCCAGGUUUCAACAGCAACAUUUUUUCUUUUCUUCAACGAAGAGUAGAGAAUGGAGACCAGCUAUAUCAGUAUUGUUCACUGAUAAUAAAAGGUAUAUCUCUCAAGCAACAACUUCAGUGGGACCCCAGCAGUCACCAUUUGCAAGGGUUUAUGGACUUUGGUCUUGGCAAACUUGAUGCUGAUGAAACGCCACUUGCCUCAGAAACUAUUUUGUUAAUGGCAGUGGGUAUUUCUGGUCAUUGGAGAACACCUCUUGGUUAUUUUUUUGUAAACAAGGCAUCUGGAUAUUUGCAGGCUCAGCUGCUUCGUCUGACUAUUGGCAAACUGAGUGACAUAGGGAUCACAGUUCUGGCUGUUACGUCUGAUGCUACAGCUCAUAGUGUUCAGAUGGCAAAAGCGUUGGGGAUACUUAUUGAUGGAGACAACAUGAAGUGUACAUUUCAGCAUCCCUCAUCUUCUAGUCAACAGAUUGCAUACUUCUUUGAUUCUUGCCACUUGCUCAGAUUGAUAAGAAAUGCAUUUCAGAAUUUUCAAAGCAUUCAGUUUAUUAAUGGCACAGCACACUGGCAACAUCUUGUGGAGUUAGUAGCACUAGAGGAACAGGAAUUAUCAAAUAUGGAAAGAAUCCCAAGAAAACUUGCAAAUUUGAAAAACCAUGUACUGAAAAUGAAUUCUGCUGCCCAACUCUUCAGUGAGAGCGUGGCCAGUGCGUUGGAAUGUUUGCUGUCGUUAGGCCUGCCUCCUUUUCAAAACUGUAUUGGUACCAUCCAUUUUUUACGCUUAAUUAACAAUCUGUUUGACAUUUUUAAUAGUAGGAACCGUUAUGGAAAGGGACUUAAAGGACCUCUGUUGCCCGAAACUUAUAGUAAAAUUAAUCACGUGUUAAUUGAAGCUAAGACUAUUUUUGUUACAUUAUCUGACACUAGCAAUAAUCAAAUAAUUAAAGGUAAGCGAAAACUAGGAUUCCUGGGAUUUUUGCUUAAUGCUGAGAGCUUACAGUGGCUCUACCAAAAUUAUGUUUUCCCAAAGGUCAUGCCUUUUCCAUAUCUUCUAACUUACAAAUUCAGUCAAGAUCAUCUGGAGUUAUUUCUAAAGAUGCUUAGACAGGUAUUAGUAACCAGUUCUAACCCUACCUGCAUGGCAUUCCAGAAAGCUUACCAUAAUUUGGAGACCAGAUACAGAUUACAAGAUGAAGUUUUUCUAAGUGAAGUAAGCAUCCUUGACAUUUCAAUUGCUCGAAGGACAGACUUGGCCCUUUGGACAGUUCAGCGUCAGUAUGGUGUCAGUGUUAUGAAGACUCCUUUUCACAAAGAGGAUAUUUGCCAAGACUGGUCUAAUUGUUCGCUAAGUGAAGCACUGCUAGACCUGUCAGAUCACAGGCGAAAUCUCACCUGUUGUGCUGGGUAUAUUGCAAAUAAGUUAUCAGCUCUUUUAACUUGUGAGGACUGCAUCAGUGCACUGUAUGCAUCAGAUCUCAAAGCCUCUAAAGUUGGGUCAUUCUUAUGUGUUAAAAAGAAGAAUGGUUUACAUCUCCCUUCAGAAAGUCUAUGUCGAGUCAUAAAUAUUUGUGAGCGAGUUGUAAGAACCCAUACAAGAAUGACAGUUGAUGAACUACUUCCUCAACAGAGGGAAUUGUAUCUUCAACAGAAAAUAUUAUAUGAGCUUUCUGGGCAUAUUUAUCUUUUUGUACAUUUAGAUGAGCAUCUCUUUGAUGGAGAAGUGUGUGCCAUCAAUCACUUUGUAAAGUUACUAAAGGAUAUAAUAAUCUGUUUCUUAACGAUCAGAGCUAAAGAUGUAGCUCAAUACCCUUUAAACCACCAUACAGAAAGAACUGAAGUGAAAACUUUGUCAAGGAAACACUGGUCAUCUUUACAGGAUUACAGAAUUUCAAGUUUUGCUAAUACCAAUAAAUUCAGGCAUUUGCUAAGUAACGAUAGCUAUCCAUUCAAAUGAGGGACCUAAAAUAUAUUAAAAUUUUUAUUAAGAAUAUUUGGUCAACGUUUAUUUUAAAGUUCAAUUUACCAUAUAUUAUAAAUUGACCAUUCUGCACAGUG